GGAGCACGUCAGCUGCUUGUCAUGGCAUGGUUUUCGAAAUGAUUCACUGUUGUCGACAAUUCUUUCUUAUAAAAACGACGCCGAGUUUGGAACAAGUUGCUUGAACAUCGGUUGCCUGAAAUGCAACUGGGUGGUUAAUUUGUGGAACAGUGAUUGCGUGGUUAUUAUAAUUCAUCUAUAUUGUCUGGAGGCGCCGUGUUCGAAUUUUAUUCGUCUUAUGAUUCGUCCAUCGUCCGAGCAUAGCUCCAUGGUCCGAGGAAGGGGGGCUUUAGAGAACAAUAGGAGAGUGACCAGUGCCUCGUAGUGGACAAUAGGAUAACAUCGGACAGACAAUGACCAAGAACAGGGUUAUGGAAGUGCAUAAGGCCGCAAAGUCUGGGAAUCUGAGUGAAAUCGGUCGCAUUUUGAAAGAAGACGGAGAAAGUGGUAAAGAUAGGCUGAAUGAAGCGGAUAAGAAAGAUCGUACACCUCUACACCACGCCUCUCAGGCUGGCCAUCUCAACGUGGUCAAAUAUCUGAUUGAAAAUGGCGCAGAUAUCAAUGCUGAGGGUGAUAACAAACGUUUGGCCAUUCACUUUGCCGCCAUGACCAAACCAGGAAAAACAAGUCGAAGAGAGGAAUCAAGUGUGAUUCUGUAUCUUCUUACCCAAGAUGUGGACGUGAAUGCCCGGGACGCUUUCGGCCUGACUCCUCUCCACAUCGCCGCUAUGAGGGGAAAUAAACCGGCGGUGUUUAAUCUUCUCUCGGUUGAUAACAUCAAUAUAAAUGAGAAGGAUAAACACGACAUGACACCCCUCCAUGUAGCCUGUCUCCAUGGUAACGAUGACAUUGUUGCUAUGUUGGUAGGGGUGGGAGCAGAGAUCCAGAGCCAGGACUCCACCUUCUCUUCCCCUCUCCACGCGGCCUGUCAAGGGGGUCAUAAGAAGAUUGUUAAAAGACUCCUUGAUGUUUGUAAGAAGAAAGGCAUUCUCCAUACAAUGUUGACAUCGUCUGAUUCUCAGAAUUAUACCCCUCUUCACUCGGUGGUCGAGGGAGGAUUCUGCGACAUCGUAGAUCUCAUACUCGAUUUCGGAACCGAUAAUGAUAGUCAACUGGAUCUGCUGAAUUUGGAGGGGUCCAACCUGGACACGCCCCUCCACACGGCCUGUGCGGGGGGUCACCUCCACAUCACAAAGCUAUUGGUCGAGAGAGGCGCUCUGGUCGAAAGCCUCAACUGGGACAUGGCCACGCCCCUCCAUCACGCAUGCACAAACAAUCACUCAGAGGUAGUGAAGUAUCUUAUUGAAAAAGGAGCCGAUACUUCUGUACGGGAUGAGCUCCAUUUCACACCGCUCCUUACGGCAGCUGAUGGAGGUAAUAUUGAAACGCUCCGUGUUCUCCUGGAGGAGGGGGCGGAGACAGGAAACCUUGGAGAGCUGGAGCUCUUUCAUUGGACAGUGACGGAGAAUAAACCGGAUGUACUUAAGCUUCUGUUAGCUCAUCGCUCGGGUGUACAUGUUAUAGUAACAGAUGACGAGAUAGCUAAACUCAUUCUACCAGCUGCUACAAGUGGAUGUACAGGGAUUGUUUCUGAGCUUAUUCGAUGGAAGAAGGAAACGAUAAAUCGAAAAGAUGAAUUGAAUAACACACCUUUACACCUUGCCGCUGCAUCAGGAUACGAUAUGACCGUCCAAGAACUUGUCAAAGCUAAAGGAAACGUUCAGGCCAGAAACUCACAUGGUCAGAUGCCUCUUCACCUAGCUGCAUCUAACGGGUGGAGUCGGACUGCAGAGGUGUUAUUAAAGGCCAAGAGUACUGUAGAUCCAGUUGAUGGAAAGGGGAACACACCUCUCCACCUCGCCGCCAUUAAUGGCCAACUCAAGAUCAUGAAGCUACUCUUCUCACGUGAUGCUGACGUCACAUUCAAAGACUGGGAGAGCAUGAACUGUUUGGACCACGCCAUCAAACAUGGUCAUGAAGCGGUGGCAAUGCUGAUUUUGAACCAUGAUCGAUGGUGGAAGGUUUUAUGUUCCUCAAGAACAGAAGAAUCCACAACGCCAAUGAGAGAACUUAUUAGGAAAAUGCCAGGUGUUGCGGAGAAAGUACUUGAUAAAUGCGUCACCGUGGUCAAGGACCUGCGUGCGUCUGGCUAUGAGGAGAUCGAAUUCAACUACGAACUCAUCGACGAUGCUUUUGCAGAAUGGAUGCACCAACCAAUGGCACAAUCUGAUUCACCGAGCUCCAUCCAGAACAAACCCAAACCCUUCUCAAAUGACGGUGUUCUCAGUCACGGUGCUGUGCCGUACACCAAACAUUCAAACACCUUGACAGACAAUCAUCCAUUGCUUAUCAUGGUAUCCUCUCAGAGGGAGAAGCUGCUAGCCCAUCCCCUGGUAUCCAGUCUCCUCGAUCAUAAAUGGAGGACGGUUGGUAGGAAGCUUUACUGCGUCUCUCUCGCUCUUUACAUGCUCUUUCUCACCGCUCUCACGGGUUACAUUGUCGUCACGCCUCCCAGAUACUACAUCAAGAACGCCACAGUGACGGAGAAUGGCGAGAGUUACGUGGAAUGGUACGUGGACGGAGAACAACAGUGGACCCGUGGAUUUAGUGAAUUGACUCUGUUUCUCUUCGGUGAGAUCGGGCCGUGGAUUAUCCUAGGUUUAUCAGGGAUUAAUCUCCUCAGAGAAUUAUGCCAGGUUGUUUGGCAGCGACAGUCAUAUCUAAACUGGGGUAACUUCCUGGAAGUGUCGCUGUACAUUCUUGCUAUUCUUCUUGUUCUACCUGUGAGUGGGGUCAGCUACAACCAUACCAUUAUGAUCAGAGAGGCAUGGCAAUGGCAAUGUGGAGCCGUUGCCAUCUUCGUAGCAUGGGUCAACUUCAUUCUAUUCAUAAGAAGAUUCUCAACGAUAGGGAUCUACGUCAUCAUGUUUACAUACAUAUUGCGGACAUUUCUGAAGAUCGUCAUCCUACUUGUUUUGUUUCUCGUUGCUUUCGCAUUGGGUUUCUAUUCUCUACUUAUGAAUCAGAAUAGUUUUCAUCAGCUGGAGUACUGCAUAAUGAAAGUCUUCACGAUGCUCCUCGGCGAGUUUAACUACGAUGAUAUAUUCCACAGUCAAGAUUACCUUGGUACAUCGAACACAUUGGAAGGAGAUGGAGAAAAGGAUUUCUUUCUGACCAGUGUGUUUCAUCCCGAGCUGACGGCGAUCAUGUUCACGGUCAUGUUAGUCGUCAUGCCUAUAUUGUUCGGGAAUCUAUUGGUUGGUCUGGCGGUGGAAGACAUUCAUGGUAUAAGGAUAAAGGCGACCCUUCAUCAGCUAGCUAUGCAGGUGGACCUGGCAAUGGAAGUACAGCGGACUCUACCGCUCUUUAUGUGGCGUUCUGCCAUAGUGAGUAAAAAAAUGAUCAGUACCAAACCAAGCCGAUUUCAAGGUGUUAUGGGUUACAUCCGACAGUUGAACGGAGAAAGCGAUUUCCUGGAAAAGGCCACGCCCAUUGCCAAAAAGCCUGACAAGGAUGUGAGCAUUGAUUCCAACCUCGCGACCAUGGACAACAUGAACGACCUCCGACAUCGCCUUCGCCUCCUCGAGAAAUCCAUCCUGGAACUCAAGCGAGGUGGAUCCCGCCGCUACACUACCUCCCGACGCAACUCCUACAGGAGAGUGACGACACGGAGACGUACCGUCCGCCCUCAGCAUGGAGCCACCAGUCCCACUGGCUCCUGCACGCCCCGGCAUGACGGGGAGGGGUUGAAACCGGGAGCCGGUGGGGAGCAGGAGCUCUUGGAUGUGGAGUUCGCGAAGAUGGAGGAGCAACAGAUAAAGUUGAAAGGCCAGCUGGAUAAGAUGGAGAGGAUGCUGAAGACCCUGGUGACGCCGGAGCAGCUGGCGGCUGAGUACGACGAUGACGACGAUGAUUAGGAGAAACUGACAUAAAUCAAACCCUUUUUAACGAUGAAUGACAUUCUGACAUCUUGCACCCCUGCUCUUAAGAAAAAAAAUGGUCAGAAAAAUCGAGGCCAAAUAUAUUUAUCAAAAUGGUUGGGGACAGGGGCGUCAAUCCAUUUUUCAGAUUGGGGGGGGGGGGCAAAAUCAUGAAUCGUUCUAAAGGUGCUCGAUCACACCAAACAAACUCACCCACACACACACUCAGGCCUAAUUAUUUAUAUAUGAGAAAGAGACUCGGACACAUAUCUCACCAACAAAUUAAUGCGAGCGAGAAGUACGAGCUGAAAUUUUAUAGAAUGGUACCUGUUUAGGACUGUUUGUAUUAGCAUUAACUCAUGUGGAGGAUACAUAUCUCACUACACGGAUGAUGCGAGUACCAAGAGCGAGCUGAAAUGUCUUUAUAUUCUGACCUGAAAGAUUCAUUUUUGUACUAAUGAUUAGGAUGGGUAUCUAAAAUAACAAUAGAUGCGAGCGCGAAGCGCGAGCUGAAAAUUUUGAUAUUUCGAUCUGCAAAAAAUUGACAGGUUAAUGGACGUUUUUAAUAAAGAACAAGAUAUAUAUUCAACAAAAUAUUAUUGCAAAUCGGAGCGGGAGUUCUUUAUAGGUUUAAACUGAGAACGGGACAUUCUGUUCACCUAAUUAAUCAUGAAAAGUAUGGGUUUUGGUACAUUAAUGAUGCGAGCGCGAAGCGCGAGCUGAAAAUUUUUAUAUUCCAAUCUGAAAAACGGACAUUUUGAGCAUGCACGAUUUUAAAUAAAGAACGAGUUGUGUAUCUCAAUCUCGCUAGCUGAUUUCUGUGUAACACUGCAAACUUAUUUUAUUUUUGCACAUGUAUGCGGAAUUAUUGGGGGGCAAAAUGAUAUGUUUGCCCCCCCCCCAAUAUUUUCAUUGGUGGGGUGAUCGCCCCCCUGCCCCCCCCCCCCAGGAUCGACACCUCUGGUGGGGGAGUUUUGGAACUUGAAUAGCACAUUCCCAGUAUUGUACCCCCCUCCCCGUUAUUCAUUUUUUUUUUAUGAAAAAGGCGGGGAUCCUUUCCGUCUGCCCUUUUAAGAAAAGAAAGAGCGUGUUUGUUUGUUUUUUGGGGGAGGUCUGUCAGUCUGUAUGCAUUGGGAAUAAUCAUUUCUGAUAUAUCUUAAAAGAAAGACUAUUGCCCCCCCCCCCCUCUUUCAUAAAAGAACCUUAUUUCCGAAAACCUGCUGAUUCAGUUAAGUUAAAUUAUUACUAUAAUUAGAUUACUGUGUUAUUUUUUCUUUUCGAAUAAAAUGUUAAAUUUCAUAUCCAAAACCAGGCUAUAUUAUUGACAAACAGUGCACAAAAAUAAUGAUCACUUGAAACCUACUUCAUAAUAUUUAAAUAACACUCUUUUAAUAUAAGGGGCACAUUAAAGUGUUUUGUUACAAAAUCUCGUUUGCAAUUGGCAAGUAUGUAUUGGUAGCAUGUGGUUUUGCACUUUGACGGACACCUAAAUACAUGCAGUGUUACUCAUUACGAUAAAGAUUAAAUAGAAAUUGUCAACCGCUGCAUGUGUGAAAAUCAGUGGCGUACGCAGGGGGUGGUUACAGGGGUUCAACCCCCCUUAAAUUUGUUGAUACCCACCCCCCCCUAAAAUUUGUGGUGAAGACCUUUUUAUCUAUUUAAUUGCUUUUUUUUGGGGGGGGGGGUUGUCAACAUUUCUCUGCUUGAACACCUUUCCCCCCUUUGAAAAAAAUCCUGCGUACGCUACUAGUGAAAAUUAUGUGUUUUUAUGGUCAAACAAUCUUAAUGACCGAUUCACCUGAAAACCUAUGAACUGAAUCUUCUUAUUUAGUGAUCGACAUUGGAAGGAAUUAUGCAAAGACCUUUCUUUUCCUUUCGUACAGAAAUCAUUGCAAUUGUAUGAAGGAGAAAUGUGUUUUUCUUUGUGAUUUUUUGUGUGUGUGCUUAAUAUACGGAUAGUGAUAUUUUGUUCUUGUGGUCAAUUAAAUUUCACGUGCAAUUAA